AGUGCUUGCUGAGGGUGGCGCAGGCGCAGUGAGGACAACGGGCGCGAUGUGGGGUGUAGGAGGCGCACAUGCGCACUUGUGUCGCUGCUGCUGAGUCGCUGCAUGAGUGCCAGGGAGAGGACGCAGCAGCAGCAGCAGCAGCAGCUCCGGGAGAGCGAGAGAGAUCACCGGAGACAGAGAACAUCUGCUGCCAACAUACCAGCUCCCAUAAGAGACUGAUGCUACCUUGUGAUCACCGCCAGUUCUUAUCUUGAGCUCCACAGAGUAUCCUGAAGACAUUGCCUUUGUAAAUUGUCCAGAACCCAAGGCGAGGAUUAAACCCGAGGCAGCAGAAUUUACUCUGGCACCAUGUCAGGGAGUUACACACCGUCCCCCGGUGGUUCCUUCUCAGCCCUCACACCAAGCAUGUGGCCACAGGACAUACUCGCAAAGUAUACACAGAAGGAGCAAUCUGUAGAGCAGCCAGAGUUUCGCUAUGAUGAAUUUGGUUUCCGAGUAGAUAAGGAAGAUGGGGCAGAACCAAAUUCCAGCAAGCUCUUGGGUAUCCCUUUGACAGAAGACCCCCAGCAGAGACUAAAGUGGCAGGCCCACCUGGAAUUCACUCACAACCAUGAUGUAGGAGACCUGACAUGGGAUAAGAUUGAUGUAACCCUCCCUCAUUCUGACAAGUUGCGCUCCCUCGUUCUUGCUGGGAUUCCACACAGUAUGAGACCACAGCUCUGGAUGAGACUCUCAGGUGCCUUGCAGAAGAAAAGGAAUUCAGAGAUGACAUACAAAGAUAUUGUGCGGAAUAGCUCCAAUGACGAGACUCUAGCUGCUAAACAGAUUGAGAAGGACUUACUCCGCACAAUGCCCAGCAAUGCUUGUUUCUCUAACAUGCAAAGCGUGGGUGUCCCUCGCCUCAGACGAGUGCUGCGUGGGCUGUCAUGGCUGUACCCCGAUAUUGGCUACUGCCAAGGCACUGGCAUGGUGGCCGCGUGCUUACUGCUCUUCCUAGAGGAAGAAGAUGCCUUCUGGAUGUUGUGUGCCCUUGUAGAGGACCUAGUGCCAGCCUCUUAUUUCAACACCACUCUGGUAGGUGUUCAGACAGAUCAGCGAGUGCUGAGACAUCUCAUUGUGCAGUACCUCCCACCGCUGGAUAAGCUGCUGCAGGAACAUGAUAUUGAGCUGUCUCUUAUUACUUUACACUGGUUCCUCACUGCAUUUGCGAGUGUAGUGCACAUUAAACUGCUGCUACGGAUAUGGGAUAUGUUCUUCUACCAGGGCUCCAUGGUCUUGUUUCAGACCACCUUGGGCAUGCUAAAAAUUAAGGAGGAAGAGCUCAUCCAGUCCGAAAACUCUGCUUCCAUCUUUAACACUUUGUCAGACAUUCCGUCCCAAAUAGAAGACGCAGACAUGCUGCUGCGGGAAGCCAUGAUGAUUGCAGGAACCCUCACUGAGGUUAUGAUAGAGGCUCAGCGACGCAAACACCUGGCUUAUCUCAUUGCAGACCAGGGCCAGCUGCUCAACUCCACGGCUGCUGUCACUAACCUAUCCAAGAUCAUGCGAAGGCAGAAUCAGCGCAGGAAGUCUGGGAUCACGACACUUCUCUUUGGCGAUGAUGACUUUGAGGCCCUAAAAGCCAAGAACAUCAAGCAGACAGCACUGGUAGCAGAUCUGCGGGAGGCCAUUCUGCAAGUUGCGCGACAUUUCCAAUGCACAGAACCCAAAAACUGCAACAUUGACCUGACUCCUGAUUACACCAUGGAGAGCCAUCAGAGAGACCAUGAGAAUUAUGUGUCUUGUUCACGAAGCAGACGCCGCAGGGCAAAGGCUCUCCUAGACUUUGAGCGUCAUGAUGACGAUGAGCUUGGCUUUCGCAAGAAUGACAUCAUCACGAUAAUUUCUCAGAAGGAUGAGCACUGUUGGGUUGGAGAAUUAAAUGGGCUAAGAGGCUGGUUUCCUGCAAAGUUUGUGGAGAUUCUUGAUGAAAGAAGUAAAGAGUAUUCGGUUGCUGGGGAUGACACUGUGACAGAAGGAAUCACAGACUUGGUUCGGGGAACAUUAUGUCCUAGCAUUAAAGCUAUAUUUGAACAUGGGCUGAAGAAGCCAUCUCUGUUGGGAGGACCAUGCCAUCCUUGGCUCUUUAUCGAGGAGGCUGCCAGUCGGGAAGUAGAGAGAGACUUUGACUCUGUGUAUUCUCGCCUUGUCCUGUGCAAGACCUACAGGUUAGAUGAGGAUGGCAAAGUGUUAACUCCAGAGGAGCUGCUAUAUCGGGGGGUGCAGUCUGUGAAUGUUAGUCACGACGCAGCUCACGCACAGAUGGACGUCAAACUCCGCUCACUCAUUUGUAUAGGACUUAAUGAGCAGGUCAUCCAUUUGUGGCUAGAAGUGCUCUGCUCCAGUUUACAGACCGUGGAGAAAUGGUAUCAGCCGUGGUCUUUCCUGAGGAGUCCGGGCUGGGUCCAGAUCAAGUGUGAACUGAGGGUUCUUUCCAAAUUUGCCUUCAGUUUGUCGCCAGACUGGGAAUUACCUGUGAAAAGAGAGGAAAAGGAGAAGAAACCACUGAAGGAAGGGGUGCAGGAUAUGUUAGUUAAACAUCAUCUCUUCAGCUGGGAUAUUGAUGGUUGAUGGCGGCUAUCUUAUUGACCCAUACAAGAUUUAAAACUGACCCUAUGGAGUCAGACAGAACCUCACUCCAGCAAUGCACUUUUGUAUUACUGUUCUACUGCCAAGGACUCUCUCCAAAAAAAAUCUUUUGUCGAUGUAUUAUGCUCUGGAUUAACGCUCCAACUUGAAUGUAGGAUUUUGGGACAGAUGGGACAAGGGAUAAGUCACAAAUGCUAAGAAGAGAAUGUCACAUUUCAUGGUUAUUCCGCACUUGAGUUAUUUCAUUCUGUCUCAUCAGAUUGAAUUUGUCUGGCUUACAGGAAUAGCCUUAAGGUCAUAAGAGUCCUAUAGCUGUGUGUAUAUAAAAUAUAUAUAUAUAAUAAAUGUGUGUAUAUUUUGAGACAGA